AUGUCUGUCACAUAUGACUUCAGUGGCAAAGUGGCCCUGAUCACUGGGUCCAGUUCCGGCAUAGGGGCGGCCACUGCCGAACUGUUCGCCCAAUCGGGUGCCGACGUAGUGGUGACCGGACUGUACGCCGACUCCGGGCUCUCAGCGGUGGCCAACCGGUGCCGAAGUUUAGGCGCAAAAGUACUAGAAAUGUCGGCCGAUAUGACCCACGAGGAUGAGGCCCGGGCUUUGGUCGACCAGACUAUCGAAACUUUUGGCAAAAUAGACGUACUGUUCAACUGCGCCGGUAUGCCAGUCAAGUUUGUCGGCAUUACGAAUCCGUCAUUUAUGGAGGCCUAUCGCCUUACUAUGCGCGUGGACUUGGAUAUGGCUGUGUAUAUGACAUACCUGUGCGUCGGGCACCUGGAGAAGACCCGGGGUGUCAUCAUUAAUAUGUCGAGCGUAAGGAUGGUGACCGGACUGUACGCCGACUCCGGGCUCUCAGCGGUGGCCAACCGGUGCCGAAGUUUGGGCGCAAAAGUAUUAGAAAUGGCGGUCGAUCUGACCCACGAGGAUGAGGCCCGGGCUUUGGUCGACCAGACUAUUGAAAAAUUAGGCAAAAUAGACGUACUGUUCAACUGCGCCGGUAUGCCAGUCAAGUUUGUCGGCAUUACUAAUCCGUCAUUUAUGGAGGCCUAUCGCCUUACUAUGCGCGUGGACUUGGAUAUGGCUGUGUUUAUGACAUACCUGUGCGUCGGGCACCUGGAGAAGACCCGGGGUGUCAUCAUUAAUAUGUCGAGCAUAAGGAGUACUCAAUCGGCCAGUCUAAGUGCGCCGUACGGUAUGGCCAGGACUGCGGGCGAUAUGUUCACCAGAUAUAUGGCCGUUGAGUUGGGAGGGAAAGGCAUUCGUGUCAAUAGUGUUAAUCCGAGUGUUAUCGAAACGGAUUUCCUCAAAUCGACAGGUGUUGACCCGAAAGUCAUAGCUAAAGGUAUGGCCAAUAAGUUGCCGGUCGGGAGGUGUGGUGUGGUUGAGGACGUGGCUCAGGCCGUCCUAUUCCUGUCGGCCCCCGAGUCGUCGUUUAUAACGGGAACUCAUAUGCUUGUGGACGGCGGACAUAUAGCUGGCGGUGUUGGCUAUAAUACUGCAAAGGCCUCGGCAAAUUCAGAAUAAUAAUUUAUCUUACCAUGAUGCUCUGUAUUUGAGAAUUUUUAAUAUUUAUGCAAGUGAUAUUUUUAACAUUUUAAAUAU